AUGCAUCACCUUUUUUCUGUCACAGGGGGGGCUGUCGUUUUUUAUCCGCAGCUGGUGGUCUUUUUUUUUUUCCACAUGACUUCUUCUGGGAAGGGAGAGGAGUUCGAACGGGCGGCGAUGGUGUCGAAAGACUCCCGUUAUGUUCACCGCCGUUGGCGCCUGGAGGACGCCACGCUGAUGAUUCAGAACCCAAAACUGGAGCUUCUCAUUGACUUCGACGAUCCUGCAAGUUUUACCCUCGCGGCAAACGCCCCGCUCACGUCGGGGGUUCGACGCACCGCUUCAACGUGGGGCGGCGUCGAAGGUGCCCUCAGUCUCAAUUCAGACGACGAGCUCUUGGCGGAUUGGCGGGAAAUUGGCGUGCCACCACUGACAGAAGAAUGA